UGUAGCUGCGCACUACGCAAACCCCCGACUGACAUACCGGUUGACGGACUUUUGCCAAGCCCAACGGAUACUUGCACAACAUCUUCUCACCCUUAUCGUUUUCAUCCCAAGGGAAUCGAUCCAUCAUGUCGACGACAACCUCUGAAACGCUGAGUGCCACCGAACGAUACGAGUUGAUCACCCGAAACUUGGGCGAAGUCUUGGGGUCUCAAGAGUUGCUCAAGUUGUGCCAGGAGGAAGGGCGGGUCAUUACUUGUUAUUGGGGUACUGCAACUACGGGGAGACCACAUAUCGGUUACUUCGUCCCCUUGACCAAGAUCGCAGACUUUCUUCGAGCCGGCGUUCGGGUCAAAGUUUUACUAGCCGACGUUCAUGCGUUUUUGGAUAACCUCAAGGCGCCCUUAGAGCUGAUCAACCAACGAGUUUCGUACUACUCUCACAUCCUGCGGGCAGUCUUCACAUCGAUCGGGGUCCCGAUCGACCGACUAGAGUUUAUCACUGGCUCCUCUUACCAAUACUCGACCCCAUACAACAAAGAUUGUCUGAAACUAGCCUCUCUGGUCUCUGAACGGGAUGCACGGAAAGCGGGAAGCGAAGUAGUCAAAGAAUCCGACGCACCGCCGCUCUCGGGCCUCCUUUACCCACUCCUUCAGGCCCUAGAUGAAGAAUAUCUCAAGGUCGAUUUCCAAUUCGGUGGGAUCGAUCAACGCAAAAUCUUCACCUUCGCUGAGCUUUACCUUCCCAGGUUAGGCUAUGCCAAGCGGAUCCAUCUCAUGAAUACUAUGGUCCCUGGUUUGACUGGCACCAAGAUGUCGUCCUCCGACGCCAAAUCCAAGAUCGACUUCCUCGAUUCGCCCGAAGAAGUUAAGAAGAAAAUCAAGGAUGCGGUUUGCGUACCCGGUGAAGUCAACGGGAAUGGAAUCCUAGCUUUCUUAGAAUCUGUUCUACUUCCAAUUGCCGACUUGAAACGAGAUAUGAAUCAAGAUCAUAAAAGUCCAUUUGCCACACCUGAAGCACCUGAAGGAACGUUAUUCUCGGUGGUACGAAAACGAGAGAAAGAUGAAUUACAUUAUACGACGUACUCAGAAAUCCUUCAAGAUUACCAAACCGAAGAACCUGCGGGAUCCGGAAGCUUCAAACUAUUCCCGUCGGAUUUAAAGCUCUCAGUCGCCAAUGCUAUCAUCUUACUCUUAACGCCUAUCCGGGAAACUUACGAGAAAGACCCUGAAUUCCAAGAGGCUAAUCGAUUGGCUUAUCCUGAUGACUUCCAAAAUUCUUCCGCUGAUGGGAAAAAGAAAAAGGAGAAGAAAUACACUCCUAAACCUGAUUGGGUGCUUGAGAAAGAACGCCAAAAUAAGGAGAUUUCGAUGAAAGAAGUCGGCCAAGCCAUGGCUGAUGCUGCUGAUUCAAAUCAAACUCCUGCAACUUCCUGAAGCUCAUUAUUUGUUUUGUUGUGCUUCGUUUUUUUGCUCUUCCUAUCUAAUGAUAAAUCUUACAAAACAUCUCUGGAACUUUUCCCUUGCGCACACCUCCAUCAUCUUUAUAACUUUUUACUUGAUGCUGUUGAAUGAGUGAUAUGUAUGGUGAAACGGUGUCAACCAAUUUUGCUUUCUGUCCCAUCACAAGUGUACUUCCUAUUAUCACUGAAGCAAAGGCAUGUGAAGAGCCUAUUGAUCCUCAAAAUAUUGACAUGGUUCAGAUAAUAAAG